AGAAGUGCAAGUUGCUGUGUUCUAGCAGGAUGUCGGGUGCCAUCAUGUGUUCAGGAUUGCUGACAGUCCUGCUGACAAUCUUUCUUUUACCCAGUUCAGUUCCAGAGCCCCUUGCCUACAAGGACUGUGGUAGCCAAAGUGGAAAGUUGCUUGUUCUUGAUGUUUCUCCUUGCCCAGAACAGCCAUGUCCCCUUAAGCGAGGUGACGUGUACACCAUCAAUACGACCUUUGUAAGCAAUGUAAACAGUAAGAGUGCUACUGCUAUGGUACAUGGAAUUAUAAUGGGGGUUCCUGCCCCCUUCCCAAUUUCCGAACCAGAUGGCUGUAAAAGUGGUUUAUCCUGCCCAAUAAUCAGUGGACAGACUUAUACCUACCUCACCAAGUUGCCUAUCAAGAAAGAGUAUCCCUGUAUCAAGCUUGUAGUGGAGUGGCAGCUUCAGGAUGAAAAUAACCAGAAUCUUUUCUGCUGGAAGAUUCCUGUUCAGAUUACUGAUGGUUGAUUUGGGAACUGAUGCCGACCAUACUUCUGUUAAUUCUAUAGAUAUAGCAACCUCAAUUAACAUGGAUGAAAUACUUCCUUCUUCUGUUCUGACUGCUGUGCAGUUAUAAUCGUACUUAUUUUACAAUAAUAAAGAAUGAAUGAGU